AUGCGUUGUCUUCUUUCUUUCUUUCUUUCUUUCUUUUCUUUUCUUUCUUUCUUUCUUUCUUUUCUUUUCUUUCUUCCUAUCUUUCUUUGCUUUUCUCAUUUAUUUACUCCAAUAGCCUUUCUUUUUUUCUUUCUUUUCUUUUCUUUUCUUUCUUCCUUUCUUUCUUUGCUUUUCUCAUUUAUUUACUCCAAUAGCCUUUCUUUCUUUCUUUCUUUUCUUUUCUUUCUUCCUUUCUUUCUUUGCUUUUCUCAUUUAUUUACUCCAAUAGCCUUUCUUUCUUUCUUUCUUUCUUUUCUUUUCUUUCUUCCUUUAUUUCUUUGCUAUUCUCAUUUAUUUACUCCAAUAGCCUUUCUUUCUUUCUUUCUUUCUUUCUUUCUUUCUUUCUUUCUAUUUCCAAACAUCUUUCUUCAUAAAUUUGCUCUGUAUAGCCUUUCUUUCUUUAUUUCUUUCGUUCUUUCUUUCUUUCUUUCUUUCUUUCUUUCUUUGCUUAUCUUAUUUAUUUAUUCCAGUAGCCUUUCUUUCUUUCUUUCUUUCUUUCUUUCUUUCUUUCUUUCUUUAUUUCUUUGCUUUUCUUAUUUAUUUAUUCCAGUAGCCUUUCUUUCUUUCUUUCUUUCUUUCUUUCUUUCUUUCUUUUCUUUCUUUCUUUGCUUUUCUUAUUUAUUUAUUCCAGUAGCCUUUUUUUUUCUUUUUUUUUCUUUUCUUUCUUUCUUUCUUUCUUUCUUUCUUUGCUUUUCUUAUUUAUUUAUUCCAGUAGCCUUUCUUUCUUUCUUUCUUUCUUUCUUUCUUUUGUUUGGUUCGUUAGUUCGUUCAUUCUUUAUUUCUUUCUAUUCUAACCAUCUUUCUUGA